UCUCGCUAUCUCUCACACACACACAAACGCAAAGAAAGGUUCGAGAUUUGCCGGCAAUGGUGUCUUGCCUCGGAUCUCCGAUGCCAGUGGCGCUCUCCUGCUUCUGGAUUUAGCGUCUUGUUCGAGCUUUAUUAUUUGUUGUUUUCGUUUGGUUUGAGAUUUUCCUCGUUCUUUCCGUAAGAUUGCUCAUAGAGAUGGCGAAUCCGCGAUGGAAUUCUCAGACAAAUGGAUAUGACACUGCGAUUUGGGCCGCCAAGAUCGCUUUUUGCUUCCUCGGCAUCCUCUCCUUCGGCGCAGCAGCCAGGGCCGCCAUCCCUGCUGCUGCCGGGGCGCUGGCCUCCGCGGUCCCUGGCUUCUGGGAGUUCCUUCGCUCUUGGCUCGCGCCUCCGUACCUGUUCAUCGCCGUCCAUUUGAUCAUCCUUGUCAUCUGGAAGCUCUCUGAUCAGAAGCAGGAGCAUCACCAACACCGCGAGCAAUGGGCGGCGGCGGAGCGCAUGGCGGAGCCUGAGAAUCCUGCAAAGGUCAAAUCUUUCGAGCCUUUGCAUAUUUCUCCCGUGCCCAUUCUCCGGAAACCCUCGCCGGAGAUGUGGCGCGACGAGAUCUCGCCGUCUCUGACAACACCGGCUGUCCGGGCGCCGGAUCCCGGUGAAUUCUCGACGUCCGACGCGUCGUGCUUGACAACGGAGUCCGGAGAGAUUUCCACCGCUUCGUCAGCGUUUGCGGUCAAGAAGAGCGUCGAACCGGAGUCCAUGAGCAGCCUUACGGUGAAGAAAGAUGAGGACGAGGCAGCGGCGGCGGCCACUGCGGCUGGGACAGCGAAUGACUCGAUGGAGGCAACAUGGAAGGCGAUCAUGGAGAAGUCGCCUCGGGCAGCGGAGGUACCGCCACCGACGGCGUCGUCCGGGCGGGGCUCGAGGCAACCGGUGGCCCCUCCCUCAUCUACGGGUCAGGACGAGUUGAACAGGCGAUGCGACGAUUUCAUCAAGAAGAAUUACGAGCAGAUCCGAUUCCUCAGCAGCCGGCGGCUGUAGUUGGAUAUGCAAAUUACUCGUUACGCUAGUCUUCGUCUCUUCUCUUUCUCAACUUAAUCUUCUUUAUAGCUCGUUAAGCCCUUGUAAUGAAAGCUUUUAGUGUAGGGAGACUGCUGUGCUGCUAAAAAUCCUAUUUUUAAGGUACUUCUGAUAUGCUGAGCUUAUUCUUGACUUGGUGCUGCUGAUUGGACUGGCUGGUGACUUGUGCUGAUAGAUGGGAUGUUUGGUGGUCUUCAGUCUCACUUUUUGGUCUUCUGUUUGGUACUCUAUUUAACUCACUGUUCAAUACAUGUUUGUUAAGUGAUGGUACAGGAGUAUAUCCUGACAAUGAUCUGGAGUUCAUAUAAGCUUUUUACUUGCCAUGUGGGUUUGCUGAAUGUUUAUUAAAGUGACCAUAUUUACUCUUUGAUGAUGGCCAUUUUCCAUUUUUGGUGAUGGCCACAGAUCUUCAUGGCUUGUCUUUUGGUCUUC